GAGAAACAGAUGAACACAGAGACAGAAGAUGGCUUUUACCAAUCGGAAGAGGACCUGGAUGAAGAUGAGGCAACACAAUAUAUAAUCGAACAGAGUCUGAUUCAAUAUAGAAAACUCAAAGGAUUAAAUCCCAGUGAUCUGAAAGCCAGUGAGGACCCUGAUGAGAUUUUCAAAGCAAUCAAGGAGGGUGAUGAGGGUGCACUGAACAGACUGGUAGUGCAACCGGGGACUCUGUCCAGAGUCGAUGAACGUGGAUGGAUCCCUUUACAUGAGGCCGCAGUACACGGGAAUAAAAAGAUACUAGAGAUAAUCUUCUCAGCAUCAUCCUUGGGUGCAGGCCAGUGUCGCACUUUAAAGGGUGAGACGCCACUGUUCUUAGCUGUGGUUCAUGGCCUCAGAGAGAACGUUACGUUCCUUUUACAGAACGGUUGUAACCCAGAUCUGCAAAACGAUGAGCAGGACUCUCCAUUAGUGGCAGCUAUUCUAAAUGAUCACUAUGACUUGGCCACCCUCCUGCUUCGCUACAACGCCAAAGUAGACCAAACAGGACCACUGGACCGAACAGCUCUACAUGAAUCAGCUUUUUUAGGCCUGGAGAACUUUGUCUAUCUGCUCUUAGAGUCUGGUGCCAACCCAAAUGCAUGCGACAUCAAAAAGAAAACCCCACUGGCUUUGGCUGCACAGAAUGGACACUUGAAUGUGGUGGAAGUCCUGUUACAGAAAGGAGCCAAUGUGUCAUAUGAAUCGGAGUACGGCACUAUCAUGUUUGAGGCAGCAGCAUCAGGAAACCCUGACAUAAUCUCUUUGUUGCUGGACCAUGGAGCAGAUCCCAACUGGCCUCUGUACAGCGGGCAUCUGCCCAUUCACCGUGUAGCAUACCAUGGACACAUACUGGCGUUGGAGCUCCUCAUCCCGGUGACAAAACUGGAGGCUGUGAAGGAAAGUGGAAUGAGUCCCCUCCACUCUGCAGCUGCUGGUGGCCAUGCACAAUGUCUGGAGUUGCUGCUGCAAGCAGGCUAUGACCCUAACUUUAUGCUGCACCCAAAAGUGCGCCGCAAUUAUGAUGAUGAUCGCAGGUCCGCCCUCUUCUUUGCUGUGUCCAACAAUGACCUUCAGUGCACCCGUUUGCUGUUGGAGGCUGGGGCAAUGGUGAACCAGGAUCCGAUCAACUGUUUGCAGGUGGCUCUAAGACAUGGCAACUAUGAACUGAUCAACACUUUGUUGAAGUCCGGAGCAAAUGUCAACUACUACUCCCGUGUCAAUACCACUCACUUCCCCUCAGCCCUGCAGUAUGCCUUGAAGGAUGAGGUCAUGCUGAGAAUGGUCCUUAACUAUGGCUACGAUGUGCGGCGUUGCUUUGACUGUCCCUAUGGUGAUAGUUGCCAUGACUACGCCCCUUGGACGACCUCAGUCAUCAAGGACAUGGUGUUCUGUGAGGUGAUCACAGUUUACUGGCUGAAGCAUUUAUCUGGCCAAGUGGUACGCAUCAUGUUGGACUACACAGACCACGUCUCCUUCUGCACUAAAUUGAGGGACACCUUGAAGGAGCAGAAACAGUGGCCAGAGAUCUGCCACAUUCAAAGGAACGCGCGGAGCCUGAAGCACCUGUGCCGAUUGCGACUACGAGAGCAUCUCAGCCAUCUGCGUCUAAGAGCCCCAAUGUUUAUCGGCUUCCUUCCACUUCCACCCAGACUGAAAGAUUAUCUGCGCUACAAGGAGUAUGAUGUCUACAGCAGGGGUAGUAUGGUUAGCCCAUAGCAAAACCAUGUUACAGCACCCCAGCUGUCACAACACUGGAAAUUAUGUCAAAUUUUCCAAGUACAUUAUUACAUGUAAAAUUAAUAGCAGCUUUUUAUAAGCAUUUUGAACAUUAUGCUUCAG